AUGCCGAACCAACUCGACCAACUCCGCGAGAUGACGACUGUCGUCGCCGAUACGGCGAACUUCAGUCUCAUGGAGAAGUUCCGGCCGGAGGAUGCGACGACGAAUCCGUCACUCGUGCUGGCUGGCUCACAGAUGGCCGAAUACGCGCACCUCAUGAUGGAGGCUAUCGAGUACGCCAGGGCAAACAUCAGCAAGCACAAGGAUCACUACACGAGUGAUAACGACGAGGAGAACCUGGUGGCCCUCGCGCUUGAUAAGCUGACGGUCAGCUUCGGCGUCCAGAUAUUGAAGGUCGUGCCGGGCCGCGUGAGCACCGAGGUGGACGCGAAGCUGUCCUUUGACGAGCAGAAGAUGAUGGACAAGGCGCGCCUUCUUAUUCGGAUGUACGAAGAGGUUGGCAUCAGCCGCGUCCGCAUCUACAUCAAGCUGGCCUCCACCUGGGAGGGCAUCCAGGCCGCUCGCACGCUGGAGAAGGAGGGCAUCUGCUGCAACCUGACGCUGCUCUUCUCGUUCGCCCAGGCGGUCGCGUGCGCGCAGGCGAACGUCUCCCUCAUCUCGCCCUUUGUCGGCCGCAUCCUUGAUUGGCACAAGAAGGAGAAGCCAGCCAAGGCGGACUGUUUCGUCGGCGCGGCCGACCCCGGCGUUGUCUCCGUCACGAAGAUCUACAACUACUAUAAGCAGCACGGCUACAAGACCAUCGUGAUGGGCGCCUCCUUCCGCAACGUCGAGGAGAUCUUGGAGCUGGCCGGCUGCGACAAACUCACCAUCUCCCCCUCGCUCCUGGAGGAGUUGGCGGCCCGUGAAGGCAACGUCACCCGCAAGCUCCACCCCACCAAGGUGGCGGCGGUGGAGAAACUGCCAGAGCUGUCGAGGGCGGACUUCCUCUUCAUGCACAAUGAAGACCCGAUGGCUGUCGAGAAGCUCUCCGAGGGCAUCCGGAACUUCCACAAGGACACAAUGAAGCUGACGAACGCCAUCCGUGAGAAGCUGUAA